AGAGAGAGAGAGGGAGAGAGAGAGAGAGAGAGAGAGAGAAAGAGAGGAGAGGCAUUGACAUGGAGGGAAGCGGCUGUCUGUCGGCGCUGAGCUCAGGCCGCCCGGAUCAGCAGGUUAGAUGCUCCGCCUGAAGUCCGGAGGACCUGAUUCAUGAUCCGCUUGGUGGGAAAAAAUAUGUUAAAAGUUGAAUUUUUGAAGGUGGAAUUGAAAUGCUUGUGUGCGUAAAAAGUGAAUGGCCCAUAUGUUGAUAAUGCAUCAUAGGAGCAUCAUAGCAGCAGCGUCUGUGCCAGUUCAGGGUGGAUUACGUCUACAGAGCAGCAGGCCUCCAUCUGAAGUCAGCUUCUGAUCAGGAAACCGUAAAGAAAAUCAUUUAAUACUCCUACCCCCCUGUUGCUGGAGGUAACUAUUUAUUCAGUUGUUUCACUGGAAGCUGGUGUGGUGUGGUCCCCCGUGGAGGGACAGCUGUUGCAAAAGAUGACUCACUUACAGGCUGGCCUCUCUCCAGAGACCCUGGAGAAGGCCAAGGUGGAGCUGAAAGAGAACCCGGAGACUUUACACCAGGACAUCCAGGAGGUCCGGGACAUGAUCAUCACCCGGCCGGACAUCGGUUUCCUCAGGACAGACGACGCGUUUAUCCUCAGAUUCCUCCGGGCGAGGAAAUUCAACCACUUCGAGGCGUUCCGGCUGCUGGCACAGUAUUUUGAGUACCGACAGCAGAACCUGGACAUGUUCAAGAACCUGAAAGCCACGGACCCGGGCAUCAAGCAGGCUCUGAAGGAUGGUUUCCCCGGCGUGCUCUCCAAUCUGGACAGAUACGGCAGGAAAAUACUGGUCCUAUUCGCAGCCAACUGGGACCAGAGCAGAUACACGUUCGUGGACAUACUGAGGGCUAUCUUGCUGUCGCUGGAGUCUAUGAUUGAAGAUCCAGAGCUGCAGGUCAACGGCUUCAUCCUCAUCAUCGACUGGAGUAACUUCACCUUCAAGCAGGCGUCCAAACUGACUCCCAGCAUGCUGCGGCUGGCCAUCGAGGGGCUGCAGGACAGUUUUCCUGCCAGAUUUGGAGGGAUCCACUUUGUGAACCAGCCGUGGUACAUCCACGCUCUCUACACCGUCAUUCGACCCUUCCUCAAAGACAAGACCAGGAAGAGGAUCUUCAUGCACGGUAACAACCUGAACAGCCUCCACCAGCUGAUCCACCCUGAGAUCUUACCGUCGGAGCUCGGCGGGAUGAUGCCGCCAUAUGACAUGGGCACGUGGGCGCGAACGCUGCUGGACCACGCCUACGACGAGGAGACCGACUACUGUCCGGAGUCCUACACCCUGUCAGUACAAGACCUGGAGAGAGACCUGGAGAAAAACCUGUCCCCGAAAACCAUGAAGAGGUCUCAGUCGGUGGUGGAGCCGGGCGUCCUCAAACGACCUGACAAAGUCAAGAGUGAGGAAGACAACAUGCAGCCGCUGCUCUCGCUGGACUAAACAACACAUUCACAGCUCAAAAAAAAAAAAUCAUACCCAGAUCAAUAUUUACA